CGCUCCUCCCGCACCCACCUCCCUGCCCCAGGCACACUGCAGCUCGGCGCGGACUCUCCAGUCGCGGCGAGGUAGCUGCAAACUCACGGGCACGCACGGCGCUCGCAGAGCCUUGGGACUCGGGGGAGGGGACGCGCGCAAGGCGCUGGCAGCCAACCGCCGAGGUUGAAGACACCCGGGGCCCAGAGCAAGGCAGAGCCCUGGCGGCUGCGGCUUCCCUUUUCUCUCUCAGCUAAGCUCCGGAGAGACUCGGGGACUGGCCCUAAAAAAGAGCAGGAAAUCUUGUUUACCGCCCGGGGAGAGGAGCCCAUCGAGCCUUUGUUUGGAAAGUCAGCAUCGCCUGCUCCCGCGGCAAUGUGUUCCUGGUGACAUUAACCCAGAGUAGACGGGUAGGAGAAAAAGGGGGCUCGCCAGGUUCAGCUCUGCUUUCGGAGGAGGAUCCAGAGGCGACUUUUGUGCGUUUGUUUGAAUUUGUGGAAAUCCCUUUUCCUCCUCCUUUUGCCUCUCUUGCCCGCCGCCGGGCAUGUCCUGAUCUGGUGGCCGCGCCUACCAGCCUGGGGCUGCUGAUCCGAGCUGUCUCCCCCGGGUCUCCCUCCCUCAGUGCCUGACUUUGCAAUACAGAGAGAGCUGAUCUCUGCGAGGAAGGAGGCGGGGGAGUCACAGACACCGGGACCCGAAGCUUGACAUGCUCCAGGGCGGACCGGAGGCAGUUAGGAGCUGAGCGCACCACCCGGGCUGCUUCGCUCGCCGGUUCCCAACGUCUUUGCCCUCCUCUGGGCUCCAGCCUUGCUCAUCUGUUGGGACGCCCCCUUCUUUCCCGGGGUCCGUGGCCGGCAGGAACAUGCUGCUGAAGGAGUACCGAAUCUGCAUGCCGCUCACCGUGGACGAGUACAAAAUUGGACAGCUGUAUAUGAUCAGCAAACACAGCCAUGAGCAGAGUGACCGGGGAGAAGGGGUAGAGGUCGUGCAGAAUGAGCCCUUUGAGGACCCUCACCAUGGCAACGGGCAGUUCACUGAGAAGCGAGUGUAUCUCAACAGCAAACUGCCUAGUUGGGCCAGAGCUGUUGUUCCCAAAAUAUUUUAUGUGACGGAGAAGGCGUGGAAUUAUUACCCAUACACCAUCACAGAAUAUACCUGUUCCUUCCUGCCGAAAUUCUCCAUCCACAUAGAAACCAAGUAUGAAGACAACAAGGGAAGUAACAACAGUAUUUUUGACAAUGAAGCCAAAGACCUUGAGAGAGAAGUGUGCUUCAUCGAUAUCGCCUGUGAUGAAAUUCCAGAACGCUACUACAAAGAGUCUGAGGACCCUAAACACUUCAAGUCUGAGAAGACAGGCCGAGGGCAGCUGAGAGAAGGCUGGCGUGACAACCAUCAGCCCAUCAUGUGCUCCUACAAGCUGGUCACCGUCAAGUUCGAGGUGUGGGGCCUUCAGACCCGAGUGGAACAAUUUGUGCACAAGGUGGUCCGAGACAUCUUACUGAUUGGACACAGACAGGCCUUCGCGUGGGUUGAUGAGUGGUACGAUAUGACAAUGGAUGAUGUUCGGGAAUACGAGAAAAACAUGCAUGAACAAACCAACAUAAAAGUUUGCAAUCAGCACUCCUCCACUGUGGAUGACAUAGAGAGCCAUGCACAGACCAGUACAUGACAAUGGAUGAAGUGCGAGAGUUCGAACGAGCCACUCAGGAAGCCACCAACAAGAAAAUCGGCGUUUUCCCACCGGCCAUUUCUAUCUCCAGCAUCGCCCUACUGCCUUCCUCGGUGCGCAGCGCCCCCUCCAGCGCCCCAUCCACCCCUCUCUCCACAGAUGCGCCAGAAUUUCUGUCCAUUCCCAAAGACCGGCCCAGGAAAAAAUCUGCUCCAGAGACGCUCACACUUCCAGAUCCAGAGAAAAAAGCCACCCUGAAUUUACCUGGCGUUUAUGCUCCUGAAAAGCCAUGUCGGCCCAAAUCAGAGUAACUCAGUGUGAAUAUCCCGUUGGGUCCUUUAUUUUCAUUUGUGGCUUUUUUUUUUUUUUUUUAAGAAUACUCUGGACAAGGAAAAGACUGCCUCUUCACUCAGAUGUGUUCUUGGAUCUCAAACUGUGCAUGUGGUUAAAUAAUCUCACAGAUAGCAAGAACUACGUGUGCCACACACAUCAUAGUGAAUGUGAAAAGUGUGAUUUAGAAAAAAACAAAAUGAAACAAAAUAGGGGCUGAGAACAGAGCUCAGUGGUUCGAGCUGCUGCAGCUGCCAUGGAACCCUGAGUUCCAUCCCAGCCAUGGUAAAUUAGGCAGGAACAUCAGAAGUUCAGGGUCAACCUCAGCUAGAUACAGAGUUUGAGGCCAGCUUGGGUUAUUUGAGACACUGUCUCAAGAACAAACAAUCAAACAAAACCCACAGAACCUUCUCUAGCUUUAGAUGUGGACCAGGGAGGAAGCCUUGUUUGGGGGGCCUUGAUGAGUCUGAUAUGGACCUCAAUUCACCUCAAAGGGUGAAUGGAUGAGAAAACUUUUUUUUUUUUUGGUAAGGCGUGGUAAAAUAAUGACGUCAAUUUCCUCCUAUCAAACCUGAAGUUCUCAACAACAAAAAGAAAAAAAAAAUACUCUCAGGUGUCACAUGCCUAAUUGUUAUCAUGGGAUUGCUGACCACCAAUACUUGAAUUCCAGUUGUUAUCGAUAUUCCUAUUUUGAUUUAGUCUGACUCAGGAUUUGGAGCCUGAUUAACUUCUUAAAUUUUUGAAAAUUUUAAUAACCAACUUCUUGAGGCUCCAAGUGCAAUUAAUGAUAACAUCUUUAUACCUUUUCACAAAAUUUAAUAAAGCGCCCAUCUGUUUUCGUCUCUUCACUUCCCCUUUCGUGCCCUGGUGGCUUCUCAAAUCUUUUAAAACUUGCCUGGAUGACUUAUGACCACAACUAACAUAAUGUGGAAUCCAGAAACAGAGAGCCCCAGGUGAGACAGACAUCUUCUCUUCAGGUACCUACAAAGCUUGACCUGUGAGCUUCAUCAUUCAUAACAAUUCUCAGAAAUUUUAACAAGCUAAGUAGAAUUCAUUGACAGUUUCCCACCUGAGGAAGUUCAGUGUAGACUAAGUGGCCUGGGCUUAACCACUGGCUGAACCACGCAGAAGAGAAUCCAUCCCUCCUGGUUUACUCUUAGUAACACCCAGAUAACCCUGGAAUGAGUUGCCCAUCACCGGGCUUUAGAAAACACUAUCAUUCUCUUAUUCCUUCCUUAUAAUCUAAAUUUGGGGGGCCAGGGUGUAGCUCAACUGUAGAGUUCUUGUCUAACAUGCAGGAGGCCCUGGGUUCAGUCCCCAGCCCUACAAAAAGGAAAGAAUGUAGCUAUUGGCUGUGUCCCAGGAAUUCAGUAAAUGCAGGCAAGCGUGAGGAGGCAAGGAGUGGAAUCACAGGCUCCUAUUUGUACAGAGGUGUGAUCUUACUCUCAUUGCUGAACAAAGGGGGCAGCUGGCAAGGUCGGUCGGUCAUCAAAAGUGGCAGAAAGAGAAAUCUGUCACCGUUGCACCUUACUGUCUUUAAACAAGGAAAGCAAGCAGAUAGAGCAAUGCCGAACAACAGGGAGCUGGGGCGCUCCAGAGCCCUAGCUAUCCCUUCCUGACUCGUGACCUUCAACCUCAGGAAAGGAAAUGGCCCCCAAUACAGAUUCCGAAGGAAGCUAAACAGACCAAGGAGUGUAUUCUCCUUCCCUGACACCUCCCAGCCGGUGGACCCCGCCCACACCUUCUCUUCAGUGCUCCACGUUCUGCAACGUCUCCUGGGUCCACGCCCUCUCCCACCGCACAGGUGCUGGCCCCUCAAGACCAGCACCAAAGUAUUUAGAGUGUCUAGAUCAUUUGUCUACGGGUGGACAUUGCACCCCAGUACUCAAAGGAAAGCAAUUACAAAUAGUUUAUCAUAACAGCACAUAUUUUUCCUUAAAGUGACAGGGAACCCUUCUUUGCAUGGUAUGGAAGCAUGAAUCUUGCUUGUGGGAAAAUCGAAAUCUUUUCUCAAACCCUUUGAACUCCUCAGUGGUUCCCUCUCCAUGCAGCUGUACUCAAUGAGAAUGUCUGGCUUUCAAAAGCAAAAUUCCACUUUCAGAAGACGCGGAGUUCGCGUGUGUAUCUGCUUACCAUUCGCAAGCUGAUGCGGGCUGGGGUGGGCUCCUCGGCUUUAGUGUAGUAGAAGUUGAUUUUGCACAGGUGGCUAGCCCAUCUGGCACCUAGUUUUUCCAGUAACACCACGCCACUCUUCCUUUCUAUACCAGCUUCCAUUGUCAAGGUCAACAAUCUGGUUCACUUUCAAAAGCUACAUUCUUAUUCCCUUUCUGUGAGUUUUCUCUCCUUUGUAGUCAGCCUGGGACCUUUGACACCAACUACAGCGCUAACCUAUGAUAAUGUGAUUCUUAACCAACACAUAUGUGUUCAGUUUUUCUGUCUACCCGUGGUUUGCGAGUGUUGCAAAUAGGGAAGGGGUGGGAUUCUGGAUAUAUGUCAUUAGCCGCUUUGAAUAUUUAAUCCAGUCACCCGACAAAGCAUAAAUGACUUCGAUAUUUUCUGAAUCUUGAUUUCCAAGUGUCGUUUCGCUUUGCCCUUCCGUGAAUCUGCUAUGGUGGGAUCCAAGCCUUUGAGGAAUGUGUAUAUAGAACAUGAGUAAUUCUUGUGAGGAUGAAAACAAAACGGCUGCAUGACGGAAAUUUAGGAAGACAAAAAAUAAAUAAAUAAAUAAAUAAAUAAACAGCAGAAACUCG